AUGACUUCUCCAGCUGAGCAGGUGUUUUUGUUUGGAGAGAUUAUCGACCCUGAGCUCGUCUCGGGUCUGGCGCUGUUCGGCUACGCCGAUCUCACAGCGGGGUCUGCGAUCAUCUUCGCGGCCAUAAUCACCUUCGCAUACAUCGCCAGCGACUGGAAAGUCCUCAGCUCCUGGAUCUCGGCACUUUUGACGGCAGCCGUUCGGCCCAUCCGCGCAGUGGUACUCGGUAUAAGCUGGCUCCUCAUGCAGCUUGCCGCCGUUCGGUCUCUGGCCGACGUUUUCACUACCCUACGCACUCUCGAGGAUGGGGUCAAAAGCCGGAUUAUCGAGAGCCGCCUCAGCCGUCCCGUCUCCGCCGUGGUGGACUGGUAUUUCCCGUUCAAUCGCCCCCUUGCAACAGUGUGUCGACUGUCUCUGUCAUUUAUCUGCGGGACAACGGUCAUGUACGAUCUGUUGCUCCCUGCAGCUUGGCAUGUCUCUGCUCUCAUCAUGGCCUUGAGCUCGUCAGAAGAGGAGCUUUCGUACCACUGCUUCGACGUCUUCGGACAGCUCGAACAGGGGAGGCUGAACCGGCACGAGUGGCUCGAAGUAGCCUUUUGCUGCGGCCAAGAGACCGGCUUAGAGUUACGUGCGAUAAUCCGAGACGACUGGCAGCUGCCACGCCUGAUUGAAGGCGAGAUCCACCACCUUUACGCCAUUGCUUUCGUCACUACCAGUAUCUCGUGUGCCAUUCUGGCAGUGCUUUCCUGGUACGCUCUCGCCAAGGCCGUCUCUUCCCCACUUGCCGACAAGCUGCAGCCUGCAGCCCUAAGAGUGGACCACUUCGGCCACGAGACACAGCUCCGAGGGACGCUCCCGACGCCGCGUGAGAUUGACCUGUGGAAUAUGAUCGAUCAGGUAGUCAAGCAACGGAUGGAGGACGGCUGGGCGCUUGUCAAGAAACUGUCUGCCCGACCGGAUCCCGUUGAGGAGGCUCGACCCCGCGAGACGACUGUCAUCGUGGAACUCCGCCAGGAGCUCGCGGUCAAGGAAGGGCAGCUCAGCACUACCCAGGGAAAACUGCGGCAGGUGAAGGACGAUGCCACUGCGAAGGAGCGGUCCCUCUGCGAACGGGUCGCCCAGCUGGAAGAGCAGCUGGCCCGGGAGAGGGAACAGGCGGAGGCCGAUUUCCUGAGUGAGCACCAGUCAUUCAGAGCCGAGCUUCAAGCUUGGAAUGACCAGCUCGUAACUCUCGAGCAACGCCUGGCCGCUGCAGAGGCCCGAGAACAGCAAUCUCGCGGCCACACCGACACCAAACGCCAGAACCUCGUUGUUUACAAUAACGACCUCGUCGCCCAGAACCAGGAGCUCAUGGCCCAGUGUCAGGCCUUCCAGGCCGAGCACGACCGGCUGCACCUGCAGUUCCGUGACUCCUCGGUGACCAUACAGGAACGGGAUGCCGCCCUCAGGCGUGUCAUGCUCCUGGAGGCCGAGCUUGCGACUAACCAGUCGUCGGCAGACAGCGUGGCGCGGCACGCGCAAGUGUCUCUCACUCGCGCACACGAAGCUGAGGUGGCUCUUCGGCAAUCUAUGUCGAACCUCCAGCACACCUGUGACUUGACUCUCGCGCAGGAACGUGCCGCCGCCGCCCAGGCCCAGAAACGGGCUUCCGACCUUACAGCGGAAGUCAAUGAUCUCCAAGGUAAGAUCGGCAUGGCGAUGAGGGACGCUCAGAGGAGCCAGGAGCAGGCGGCUGCUGCCGAGAGGACGAUCCAGAUCCUCGAGCACCGCCUGUCCCGUUGGGAAGCUUCGCGUAGUUCGCAGGAGAUACCAAAGCGUCCCACCCGAGACGUGGGGUCGAUCUCCACUGCGCUCGCGCAAAGCCAGGUGACGGUCUCCCAGCAGCAGGCCGAAAUCAACAACCUCCGCCGCCAGCUUGACAAAGCCAACCAAGGGGUCAUGUGUACCUCUGAGCAGGUGGCCCAGGAGGGCGUUCAAAAGCUGCGGGAGGCUCUGAGUAAUGAGAAAAGAGCGCGGACGGAGGAUAACAUCCGUUGGGGCAAAAAGACGCGCGAGCUGGAGGACGAGUGCCAAAAGCUCCGCAUCUCGCUGUCCAACGCGGCGGCGGCAUCGACGCCGGCAUCGACGCCUGUGCGCCGUCAGGGUAACAGGCGUCUGCCCACUAUCCCCUGA